CAUUAGCAUAACACAACACGUGUUGCAAAGCGUGGCUCUUCCCGUGGCGGGAAAACGCAGCAGCGGCAGCAAAAUCUUCAUCAUCAGCAGCAUCAUCAGCAGCACUUUUAUAAGAAGCAAUACCAUCGGCAACAACAACAACAAUAGAAAAGCACAGUUAUAAUCCUUAGCACCGGAAGCAUUCAUUAGAAACAACAGCAGCAGCAGCGAUAGCUGCACGCAGGAGCACAAAGCAAACAGCAACAACAACAUCAUCAUCAGCAGUAAAUACUUGGCAACAGAAGCGUUGCGAGUAACGGCAUCGUUGGACAAGAAGUGACAACAGCCCACAUCCAGAAGAAAACAACAUCGGCAGCAUAAGCAACAGCAGCAGCGGAAAAAUAUUAGCACCAACAACAACCAACAAUAACAACAACAACCAACAGUAUCAACCACAACAACCAACAAUUUCAACAACAACCACCAACAAUAUCAACAACCAACAGUAUCAACAACAACCAACAAUAUCAACAACAACAACCAACAAUAGCAACAACAACAACCAACAACAAUAUCGACCCGCACCUCCGAUUAGCACGUUUGCCCACGUACGGCGCGAAACAAGUCCAGCUAUACAGCACCGUUCAUAACAUAACAAACAAACAACAACAACAUCAACAACUAACAACAACAAGAAGAGAUGUCUGCGGUGCAAGCGAAGGAGCAGCUGAGCCUGGAGCCCGCGCAGGAGAACGGCUUCGUGAGCUUCUUCGCCUCGAUGGGCGACAAGGCCGAGGCCACCGUCCGCCUCUUCGACCGCCUCGACUUCUACACCGUCCACGGCCGCGACGCUCUCCUCGUCUCCCGAGACGUCUUCAAGACCACGGCUGUCGUCAAGAUGCUGGGCACCGGCUCGCGCAAGCUCGAGUCGGUGGUGCUCAGCAAGAUGAACUUCGAGUCGGUGGUGCGGGACCUGCUGCUGGUGCGGCAGUACCGCGUCGAGGUGUACCGCAACCGCGCCGGCAAGGCCUCGCGCGACAACGACUGGCAGCUCGCCUACAAGGCAUCUCCGGGAAACCUGGCGCAGUUCGAGGACAUCCUCUUCGGUAACGUGGACAUGUCGUCCUCCGCCGGCGUCGUGGCCGUCAAGCUGGGCUUGGCUUGUGGCGUCGGCGCCGGCGGGACGGCCGCCGCCGCGGCCAGCGGCAGUGGCGGCGCCGACGCCCAGCGCGUGGUGGGCGUCGGCUUCGCCGACACCACGCUGCGCCGGCUGUGCGUGUGCGAGUUCCCCGACAACGACCAGUUCUCCAACCUGGAGGCGCUGCUCGUGCAGCUGGGGCCCAAGGAGUGCGUGCUGCCCGCGGGGGAGGCGCAGGCCGACGCCGGGAAGCUGCGGCAGGUGGUGCAGCGGAGCGGGCUGCUCAUCACCGACAGGAAGAAGGUGGAGUUUUCCUCCAAGGACAUCGUCCAGGACCUCAAUCGCCUGCUCAAGACGCGCAAGGGCGAGCAGGCCAACAGCGCCGCGCUGUCCGAGAUGGAGAAGCAAGUAGCAAUGUCGUCGCUCGCCGCCCUUGUCAAGUACCUGGAGCUGACGUCCGACGAGUCGGGCUUCGGCCAGUUUGAGCUGAGCACCUUCGACCUGGGCCAGUACGUGCGCCUGGAUAGCGCCGCCGUGCGCGCCCUCAACCUCUUCCAGGGCUCGUCGGACGAGGGGGGCCGCACGCAGUCGCUGUUCGGGCUCCUCAACCGGUGCCGCACGGCGCAGGGACAGCGACUGCUGGCGCAGUGGAUCAAGCAGCCGCUGCUGGACCAGAACCGCAUCGAGGAGAGGCUGGACGUGGUGGAGUCGCUGGUGGACGACCCGGACCUGCGCCAGGCGCUGCAGGAGGAGCUGCUGCGCCGCUUCCCGGACCUGGGCCGCCUGUCGAAGCGCUUCCAGCGGCGCGCCGCCACGCUGCAGGACUGCCACCGCGUGUACCAGGCGGCGGGCCUGCUGCCCACCCUCGUCGGCGCCCUGCAGCGCCACCAGGGCCCUCGCCAGGCCCUGCUGGAGGAGCUGUUUGUGCAGCCGCUGCUGGAGCUGGAGAAUGACUUCUCCAAGUUCCAGGAGAUGAUCGAGACGACGCUGGACAUGGAGCAGGUGGAGAACCAUGAGUUCCUCGUGAAGUCGACCUUCGAUCCCAACCUGGAGGAGCUGCGGAGUCGCAUGAACGAGCUGGAGCGAGACAUGGACAAGGCGCUGAGCUCCACUGCACGGGACCUCGGUCUGGAGGCCGGCAAGACGGUGAAGCUGGACUCGAACGCGCAGCUCGGCUUCUACUUCCGCGUGACGAGCAAGGACGAGAAGGCGCUGCGCAACAACAAGAAGUACUCGACCAUCGACUCGCAGAAGAACGGAGUGCGCUUCACCAACAGCAAGCUGAGCGCGCUGAACGAGGAGUACGUGCGCUGCCGCGACGACUACCAGGAGACGCAGAAGGCCAUCGUCGUCGAGAUCAUCAACAUCUCCGCCGGCUACACGGAGCCCAUGCAGUUGCUGAGCGACGUGGUGGCGCGGCUGGACGUGCUGACGAGCCUGGCGCUGGUGUCGCACUCGGCCCCCGUGGCAUACGUGCGCCCGCGUCUGUCGCCGCCCGGCGGUGACCUGGUGCUCAAGGGGGCGCGGCACCCUUGCCUCGAGGCCCAGGACGACGUCGCCUUCAUCCCCAACGACGUCGCCUUCCACCGCGCCGGCACCACCUUCCACAUCAUCACCGGCCCCAACAUGGGCGGCAAGUCGACGUUCAUCCGGCAGACGGGGGUGAUCGUGCUCAUGGCGCAGAUGGGCUGCUUCGUGCCGUGCGACGAGGCGAGCGUCAGCGUCGUCGACUGCAUCCUGGCGCGCGUCGGCGCCGGCGACAGCCAGCUCCGUGGAGUCUCCACCUUCAUGGCUGAGAUGCUCGAGACGUCCGCCAUCCUCCGGUCGGCCACGGAGAACUCGCUGGUGAUCAUUGACGAGCUGGGCCGCGGGACGUCGACCUACGACGGCUUUGGGCUGGCGUGGGCCAUCUCGGAGCACGUGGCCACGCGCCUGCGUGCCCUCUGCCUCUUCGCCACGCACUUCCACGAGCUGACGGCGCUCGCCGGCCACGUGCCCAGCGUGUCCAACCUGCACGUGACGGCGCUCACCUCGCACCAGACCCUCACCAUGCUCUACCGCGUGCGCAAGGGCGUGUGCGACCAGAGUUUUGGGAUUCACGUGGCGGAGUUGGCUCACUUCCCGCCGCACGUCGUGGAGAGCGCGCGGCGCAAGGCCCUGGAGCUAGAGGAGUUCCAGGCCCUGGAUGUCGCGUCGGACGUGGACGGAGAACCAGCCGUCAAGAAACUCCGCUCCGAGCGAGAGGAGGGCGAGCAAAUCGUGCGCGACUUCCUGGACAAGGUGAAGGCCCUGCCGCUGGACUCGAUGGCGGCGGACGAGGUGGCGCGUGCGCUCGCGGGCCUCAAGCAGGAGGUGGCGGAGCGCGGAAACGCAUACGUCAACGGCUUGGUGGCACGCGCGGGCGAACGCGGCGUCACGGCCAGCUGAGCCGCCCCAGCGGAGACCGUUGGAGAAAGAGGUGGGGGGGGGGGGGGAGUCGGCGAGAGGUAAAGAGGAUGUAGGGAGAGUGGGAGAGGAGGCGGUGAGGACAGCAGAGAAGGAGAUGGAACGCUCACUCCACGUUCCUUUUUCCGUGCCUCCCACCUUCUCAAAGUGAGGUGGAGAGAGUCUGCAUCAUUGCUCACUUGAAUUAUCUUCACUUUUGUAGAAGUUUACCGGAAGGUGGGUGUCAGGUCGUAGACCCACGAUUGUUAUACAAAAGCGACUGCCUUUGACUUUCACUGUCCGUUAUUAAGUGACUGCCAUCCAGGGCUAAUUGCGGGAAUGAUCGUCAAUUAUAUAAAAUCGAGUUGUGCCCGUGAGACGUGCGUUACAAAUGAUACAUGUUGCGCAAUGGAGUGAACAGGACGGAACAAACUGUAAACAAUAACAAAGUAGACGGCCAAACAAUCGCGCCCAUAAAUCCGCUAUCGGUGUGAAUGGCGGGAACCAUUGCUUGCCUGGGUUGGUGUGAUUUGUUCUAAACGUGAUAGCAGUUUUACUGGAAUAAAUACAUUGGAUGACGAAUAACGGGUCGGCGAGCAUCGUCAAAUGUAGCACGAGUAGUUGCUCUUUUUUUCAUAGCGGCGACUUUUAUGCGACGCUGUUCUUUGCGGUUCCAAGCGGCCGUGCGUUGGGGCUCCUGUACCUGGGCUCAUGGGUGGUGGGUCGCGAAAGCUAAACAGGGCUGAAGUUAAACAGGGCUACAGUUAAACAAGACUAAAGUUAAACAGGGCUACAGUUAAACAGGGCUAAAGAUAAACAGGACUAAAGAUAAACAGGGCUAAAGAUAAACAGGGCUAAAGUUAAACAGGACUAAAGUUAAACAGGGCUAAAGAUAAACAGGGUGACAGUUAAACAGGACUAAAGAUAAACAGGACUAAAGUUAAACAGGACUAAAGAUAAACAGGGCUACAGUUAAACAGGACUAAAGAUAAACAGGGUGACAGUUAAACAUGACUAAAGUUAAACAGGGCUAAAGUUAAACAGGGCUAAAGUUAAACAGGGCUAAAGAUAAACAGGGUGACAGUUAAACAGGACUAAAGAUAAACAGGGCUAAAGUUAAACAGGACUAAAGAUAAACAGGGUGACAGUUAAACAGGACUAAAGUUAAACAGGGCUAAAGAUAAACAGGGUGACAGUUAAACAUGACUAAAGUUAAACAGGACUAAUAAAGUUAAACUGGGCCAAACUUUAACAGGGCUAAAGCUAAACAGGGUUAAAGUUAAACAGGGCUUAUCCCACUCACAAAUUCACCGGCUCGCGUUAUUCAAACACAGCCUCGGUACCAAAGAAUAAUUCCACCCGUUGUCUCUUCCGCUUGCACAGCUUGUUUUCUUGUGUUCGUCUAUGCCUUGUCUGUUAAUAAAAUUUGUCUUUUCUAUA